AUAUUAUCUGUUGCAUGAGAAUGACAAUUUUUGGUGUAUUCAUUCUUGCCUUAGUAUUCACUUUUGAUAAUGCACUUGGAGAAAAAUACAGGAUUUUUAGUCCAGGGUUUUUCAAAAUUUCGUGGGAGCAAGCCAGAAGAAAUUGCCAAAACAUUGGAAUUGGAUGGGACCUGGUAAAGAUUGAAUCCAGAGCAGAGGACCAGAUAAUCAAAGACAUGCUUAAGUGCGAAACUGGAAGAGGCGAUGGAUGGUUCAUAGGAGGGAUCAGCAGAAACGGGAAAUGGACAUAUCCUGAUGGAUCUCGUAUGAUAUACACUGCCUUUGGAAUUAAGGGCAGAGAUACUCAAUCAAUUGCUGCCAGAAAACAGUUCAUAGGAGAUGUCAUAAACUAUGCUGCCAUAUUUAAGUCCGACCUAGCGUGGGAUUACCUCACUCAGCAUGACAAUAAUAUCAUGGGAUAUGUUUGUGAGGCCUGGUACUGUUGAUUGUAUUAAAAUGUCCAAUUUUUGUGUACAUUGUACUCUUAAUUAAAUAUUAUUAUAUUA